GACACAACACAAAUGUGCUCUUCCGCCUGCAGCACACUGAUCAGCUGUUCAGGUCUGCGGGCUUCAAAGUGACAUAAAUACAAGUGAACUUAAUAAUGAGUGAUUCUGACCAAGCCGAUGAUAUGCCUGUAACUGCGGACACACGUGGACACCUUUAUGGGCCGGAGUUCAAUGGGGAAAAGGAGAUAUAAUGCACCUGAGGAUAAACCGGAGACACGUCUGUGCUAAACUGGAGAGCAGGAGAGAUUCACGCGUACCUGGUGGUGCAGGCACUGCCUGGGCCUCCUCAGAUGAAACACGUCUGGUCAAAACCCUCUUCACAGGGUACAACAAGGUUGUCCGUCCUGUCACUCACUUCAAGGACUCGGUGGUUGUAACUGUGGGCCUCCAGCUCAUCCAGCUCAUCAGUGUGGAUGAGGUCAACCAAAUCGUCAGCAGCAACGUGCGACUGAAACAGCAAUGGAAAGAUGUGAACCUAAUUUGGAACCCGGAGGAUUAUGGCGGCAUCAGAAAGAUCAGAGUUCCCUCCACUGACAUUUGGCGCCCUGAUCUAGUUCUCUACAACAAUGCUGAUGGUGACUUUGCCAUCGUUCAUGAGACCAAAGUGUUGCUGGAGUACACUGGGAUGAUCACAUGGAACCCACCUGCCAUCUUCAAGAGCUACUGUGAAAUCAUUGUGCUGCAUUUCCCCUUUGACCUUCAGAACUGCAGUAUGAAGCUGGGGACCUGGACGUAUGAUGGAAACCUGGUCGUCGUUAAUCCUGACAGUGACCGCCCUGAUCUAAGUAACUUCAUGGAGAGUGGAGAGUGGGUGAUGAAGGAUUUCCGUGGCUGGAAGCACUGGGUGUACUACGCUUGCUGCCCUGAUACCCCUUACCUGGACAUCACCUACCAUUUCCUCAUGCUGAGGCUCCCACUGUACUUCAUUGUAAACGUCAUCAUCCCCUGCAUGCUCUUCUCCUUCCUGACUGGACUGGUCUUCUAUCUCCCGACAGACUCUGGUGAGAAGAUGACUCUCAGUAUCUCCGUCUUGCUGUCCCUUACUGUGUUCCUGCUGGUCAUUGUUGAGCUGAUCCCCUCUACCUCCAGUGCUGUACCACUCAUCGGGAAGUACAUGCUCUUUACUAUGGUCUUUGUCAUUGCCUCUAUUAUCAUCACCGUCAUUGUCAUCAACACCCACCACCGCUCACCAAGCACUCACACCAUGCCAGACUGGGUCCGCAAGGUUUUCAUUGAAACCAUUCCAAACAUCAUGUUCUUCUCAACAAUGAAACGCCCAGGAAAGGAGACUAAGACUAAGACUAUCUAUGGUGCUGAUUUUGACAUCUCUGACAUCUCUGGCAACCAAACCAUUCCUGUUCCCUACCAGUCCCCCAUGACCCAGAACCCUGAUGUCCGCAGUGCCAUUGAAGGAGUCAAGUACAUUGCAGAAACCAUGAAAUCAGAUGAGGAGUCUAACAAUGCUGCAGAGGAGUGGAAGUUUGUGGCCAUGGUUUUGGAUCAUAUUCUGCUGUGUGUCUUCAUGGCUGUGUGUCUCAUUGGCACAUUAGGAGUGUUUGCAGGCCGUCUCAUUGAGCUAAGCAUGCUAUAAAGGCCUGUGCUUUAUGUUUUACCUGUUUAACGUGUCAGUUUCAGUGCAUAUUCUGCAUGUUGGAUUCUUGGUUUGUUUGCUUUUUGGGUGUUUGAAGAAUGCUCCUAUUUAUGUUUGUACAAGACCGUGUAUCGUGCUAUGUUUUCUGACAGCAAAGUGUUGUUUCUCUUUUUUAAUGGAAUAUUUAAAUAUUUAAAAUGCUUAAGUAAUUCAGCAGAAGAAAUUUUUUUUUGACUUGCUUAAAGGAAACAAAUAAAUAAAUGCUCUUCUCCCCAAGGUUACUGAUUUAA